GAUUGCUCCGUGGCGUGCUAGCUCUAAGGAGCGCUAUCGUCCGCAGCGUUUCAUUUAGAGAGGGAACAACUGACUCGAAAGCGUACCGUAGCACUGUAGACAGAAAUCUUCGGCGCUUUCGGGCCUCUAAGUCUAGGGAUAGGAGAUGUUGGAACAGGCUGAAGAGUCUGCAUACAAGAUGUAUAUAACCAACGGAGGAUCGUCGUCCGUAGAGAGAGGAAGGUCUGAUUGUCUCCGCAACUAUCUUCUUCUUCUUCUUGUUCCAAGGUGCUAGCACUGUUUCCAUUCUUUCAUCGAGGAUUCCUCGACUACAUUCAUUACACCACCAAAAGCCCAGGCUUACAAUCACGAUGUGGCAAGGAUCACAUUUGACUUUCAUCCUCGCCGCCGUGGGUUUCUUCGCCCCGGGAGCUCAGGCCGUCGAUACCCUCGUCGAUGUUCGAUACGCUCAGUUCCAGGGCGCCGUGACCGACGCGGAGCUCGGCGUGACAACCUGGAAGGGAAUCCAGUUUGCUGCUCCCCCGGUGGGCGACCUCCGCUUUGCCGCGCCGGCCGACCCGGUCCAGUCCGGACUUGUCAACGCCACCGCCCACGGCCCCAUUUGCCCUCCCCAGCAGCCCACCGACUGGACCGUUUCCAGCCCCAACUCGCAGUUCACCGUUGAUGAGGACUGCCUCUACCUUAGUGUCACAGCCCCGUCGGAUGCGCAGACCGACUCCAGACUGCCCGUCGUCUUCUUCCUUCAGGGUGGUGGAUUCGGGUCCAACUCAAAUGCAAACUGGGAUGCCAGCGAGAUCGCUUCGGAUGGAAAUGUUAUUGUUGUUCAGAUGAACUACAGAGUUGGCAUGUACGGCUUCCUACAGGGUGAGGAGGUCCGGGCUAGCGGCGGUCUCAACGCCGGAGUCAAGGAUAUGGUGAAGGCUCUUGAGUGGGUUCAGACCAACAUCGGCCACUUUGGCGGAAACCCCGAGCAGGUUGUUCUCGACGGUGUCAGUGCCGGCGGUUCAGCUGUCGGUCUUCUCAUGACUGCUGAUCUCGGCAGCAAGCAGCUCUAUGCCGGAGGUAUCGCGGAGUCUGGCGGCUGGGUCACGAUGCGCACCAUGGAGCAGGGACAGGGCCAGUAUGACUGCCUCGUUAAAGAGAAGAACUGCACCGAUGCAACUGACUCUCUUACCUGCCUUCGCGCCUUGAACCAGUCUGAGGUCCGUUCUUCUAGCUGCUGGUUCAACCCUGGUAUCGAUGGCGAGCUCUUCACCGACAGCAUGGUCAACCUCUUCAAGCAGGGCAAGUACAACAAGGUCCCCACCAUCUGGGGUUCUUGCGCUCAGGAGGGAACCAUGUACUCUGCUCCUCAGUCUACCAACUCUACGGAGGAAGCCAACACUUGGCUCCUUGGACAAGACCCCUCGCUGUCAAACGCCUCCCUCGCCAUCCUCGAUGAUCUUUACAUCAACACUCCCCGCACCGUCUACCCUGACUCCGGAAUCAAGUGGAGACAGACCGCCGAUGCCAUCGGUGACAUUGGCACCCACUGCAUCAUCCGCAACAUCCAGAACUACCUUGCCCGCGACGAAGCCAUCACCUACAACUAUAAGUUCGCAGUCCAGGAUCCCAAGAACGAGGCCGAGGGCUUCGGCGCGUACCACACUGUGAACACCUACGCCUUCUGGGGCAACAACAGGACCGAUGGCCAAGCGCCCGAGUCCUACUUCACCAUCAACAAGCCCAUCAUCUCGCAGUUCCGCAAGUACUGGGUCUCGUUCAUUCGCAACCUGGACCCCAACACCGACCGCGAGAAGGGCGCUGCCGAGUGGAGACCUUUCACCGGCCCUGAAGGCCGCGAGCGUCUGUUCGUGCAGACGAACAACACCCACAUGGAGAGGAUGAGCACUGCUCAGAACCUGCGUUGCGAUGUUGUUAGACCUUCGUCGGAGAACUUGGGCAAGCCCGUUGACAAGGGCGUUGUCACUGAGCUGGAUGCUACCCUGGCGGCUAGUAUCAACAGCACUACUGAGGACACCAAGUUCAGGAAGAGACACGUUAGACAAUUCUCCAGAUAUUACUAGGCGUCUCCUAUGAUCCUACCAUAUUUAGCCAAUACCAUUCCCCCGCUGAAGAACACUUGCCAGCAAGCAUAUCUACCAGCUUACCGCACACCUUUAUAUUCCAG